AUGUCACUCGUUCCUCCUGGUGGAACUGAUUCUCCGAGUCCACGGAGGGCUGUCAGUCCGCUUCUUGAGUCCAGGCGACCUCAUUGCACAUUAGCCUGCGACUAUUGCGCUGCUAUUUUGGAAGAUAAAUUCAGACGAAAUGCUGAUAUGCGGAAUCGAGGCACUUCCCCACUCUCUGUAUCACCGCGUCAGUCACUUACAGGGGAACCUCCUUGGACAUUACCUGAUGACGACCGACCCGAUUUUUCAGCUCUAAAGGAAAAUAUACACAGAAUUAACAAGGACUGCGAAACUUCAACACGGCUUGACAUGUUGUUGACACAAGUGGAGCAAUACGCUAACAACUUGGAGACUCUGGUUGAGGAACGGACAUCCGAUUAUUUAGAGGAGAAACGUAAAUGCGAGGAAUUAUUAUACCAGUUGUUGCCGAAAUCAGUCGCAUCUCAACUUAUAAUGGGCCAGCCGGUGAUGGCGGAAACGUACGACCAAGUUACAAUUUACUUCAGUGAUAUAAUCGGAUUCACUCAGCUUUCCGCUGAAUCUACGCCUCUGGAAGUUGUGGAUCUACUUAACGACUUGUAUACUAGCUUCGACUCUAUUAUUGAAAACUUUGAUGUCUACAAGGUGGAGACUAUCGGGGAUGCUUACAUGGUGGUAUCAGGACUCCCAAUGCGCAAUGGAAAUCGUCAUGCCGCUGAAAUUGCAAGAAUGUCUCUCGCCCUCCUCCGAGGAGUCAGGGUAAAGACCGUUCCACAUCGACCAGGGGAAAGAUUACUACUGAGAAUUGGAAUGCAUUCAGGUCCGUGUGUUGCUGGAGUUGUGGGUUUGAAAAUGCCAAGGUAUUGUCUUUUUGGGGACACGGUGAAUACAGCGUCAAGAAUGGAAUCACACGGAGAGGCUCUUAAAAUUCACGUCAGCCCUAAGACAAAAGAAGUUCUCGAUUUAUAUGAUUGUUUCGAGCUUGAAUGCAGAGGGGAAAUCACAAUGAAGGGAAAAGGAAAAAUGACUACAUAUUGGCUGUUGGGAGAAAAAUCCAUACAAGUCGAAAGACAGCCAAAUUACAACGAAAGUACCAAUAACCCAAGCAUAACAUUUCAAGGUCCAGACAGCCCCGCCUCCCAUUCACUCACGCACAGCCAAAGUCCCGAAAAAAAUGAUGCGAAAAAUCCAGUCGUAAAUAAGCCGCUGGAAUUAAUGUCCGAGCGAGAUCGGAUAAAACAUGAGAUUGCUACAUUUGUUGCGAAAGACCUUAUCAAUAAUAUAGAUAACGCUGUGAGAGAGUUUAGACUAUCCCAAAGCGGUAAUUUGGCAAGUGUUCCAAGCAGUAAUAAGCCAGUUUGUAAUGGUAAUGGUAAGGGUCUAAUCACACCCACAUAUGAUAAAGGUCUUGUUAUUAAUAAAGGAAAAGUAAGAGAUGUCGUCAAUCGUUUUAACAACACAGUGAAUAGUUCCAACGACGCUGUCAAGAAUAAACAAAAGAGUACUAAAAGUAAAGACUGAAAAGUUGGUCUCUCCUUUAUCGGAAUCUUUUCUCGCAAGCCUUUCGGUUAUAAUUUGAUUAGUGAAAUAAAUUAAUUUAGGCAUAGGGUAGUGCAAAGCACGUAACUUAAUGAACUAGUCAAUAAUUAUACUUGAAAUAAAAAUCUUUUACUAUUAGCAUUUGUUCUGUGGGUGACCAAAAACCUACUCCGAAUUUUAGAUUAAGGGUAUAAAACAAUAUUAUAUUUAGAAUAUAAAAACGUAUAGUAUAUUAAGAUAUCGCAAUUGCGAUGAAACAGAAAGUAGUAGUGAGAAUUUGUGUGUAUGUAAAUUAUGACGUCUAUUGUACUAUACAUUUGAACCUGUAGUAUUUUUACCAAUCUUUUGUACUCCUCUACCUUUUUUCGUAGGGUAGCAGUUUAUAAAUAUAAUAAGUAAAGUAAUAAAUUCUUCUCACAAAAAUCUUCAUUAUUAGUUCCUUGAGGUAUGCUUUAAAUUCGUAUUAGAGUUGUUUAAUAUUUUAGGUCCACUUUUAUUUAUAAUUGACACUUAAACCAUUAGUUAUUUAACAUUUGAUAAGUAUCGCACAUUUUAAAUGAACACGUAUAGUUUAUGUAGUAAAUAGAGUUUAUGUGAUAACCUUAUGUACAAGAUGUUUAUAAAUGCUCUGAAGUAGUAAAAAAUAUAUGUAUUUAUUUGAAUAAUUGGAAUUCGUAAUGUUAAAUAGGAAUUA